GUUUUGUCUCUCUGAGACAAGUUGUCCUCAGGAAGACCACUUUCCGCCCAAUCUGUGUGUGAAGGUGAACGGGAAGCCAUGCAACCUCCCGGGUUAUCUUCCUCCAACGAAAAACGGUGUGGAGCCGAAGCGCCCCAGCCGGCCCAUCAACAUUACCUCAGUGGUCAGACUAUCCACCACAGUCCCCAACACCAUCGUGGUGUCUUGGACCUCAGAGGUUGGAAGGAGCUACUCUAUGGCGGUGUACCUGGUCAAGCAGCAGUCGUCCACAGUACUGUUGCAGAGACUACGGUCCAAAGGCAUCAGGAACCCAGACCAUUCCAGAGCACUCAUCAAAGAGAAACUAACGGCAGAUCCAGACAGUGAAAUCGCCACCACCAGCCUGCGUGUGUCGCUGCUCUGUCCGCUGGGGAAGAUGCGUCUGAUGAUUCCGUGCCGGGCGCUGACGUGUUCCCACCUGCAGUGUUUUGACGCUACGCUGUACAUCCAGAUGAAUGAGAAGAAACCCACCUGGGUUUGUCCCGUCUGUGAUCAGAAAGCCCCCUACCAACAUCUCAUCAUUGACGGGUUGUUUAUGGAGAUCCUGAACAGCUGUGUAGACUGUGAUGAGAUCCAGUUUAAGGAGGAUGGCUACUGGGCCCCCAUGAGGACAAAGAAGGAAGUACAGGAGGUCUCGUCAGCCUCCUACAGCAACGGACUGGAAGGCUUGCAUCGGUCGGCGGUAGGGGAGCAGAGGAGCUCGUCGUCCCACAACGGGGGCAGCAGUAGGAUGAAGGUGGAGGUGAUCGACCUAACCCUGGACAGCUCCUCAGAGGACGACGAUGAUGACCAACCGCCCCUCAAGAGGCCCUGCCCCUCCCUGUCCCCCACCUCGCCUCCCAUCGUCAACAAGGGAGUGUUGAACCUGCACCACCAGGUGUCCCCAGUGAGCCGGACCCCCAGCAUGCCGUCUGUGGACACCAGCUACAUCCCCCCUGUACCUCCCCUCAUCCAGGACUACCGUCCAUACUACCACGCCCCAAACCAGCUCACAGAUCUGAAUUUCUUCUCCUUUCUACAAGGGGACAAUCAUCAGCAUUACAACAUGGUGAUGGCCGCCGCCGCUGCUGCCUCGGCCUCAGACGACCACGAGCUCCUUCUCAACCACUUCCGUCCCUACACCACCUCCUCGUCCUCCUCCCAGCUGUUCCUGGACCAAUCUGGGGCGCCCUCCUCUGGCUCGCUGGCGCCCGUCAACGGUGCUGAUGGUGGAGGAAACAGCAGCGGUGGCAGCAGCAGUAGCCUCGUAUCCUCUAGCAGUCUGAGAGACACUCACAGCACACACUCCACACACUCACACACACACCCCACGCACUCACACACACACCCCACGCACUCACACACACACCCCGGGGUAGGAGGUCGGUCCAGUGCUGAUGUGGUGGCGGCCGCAGCCCUCUACGAUACCAUCCCUGACGUGAUCUCACUAGACUGACGAUUUUGUUUUCGGCGACUAGCGACUGACUCCGAAACAGAGGGUUUGUUGGUUGUUUAAUGGAGGAUGCAGUCAUGACUACUAAACUGACGCAGAAACAGUUUAACGGUCCCACCCAGUCUACAGCUCUGGUUUUGAGUUGUGUCGUUAAGGCUGACUCCAGAACAGUGGAAUACCUGUCUGUGGCGGAGCCGGUCCCGAGGUGUCGUUUGACUGGGCAACCCAGGAACAGUUAUAAAGUCACACCCCACAGAUGGAUGGGAUUGGCACCUAGUGUUGCUAGACUGGCUCCAGAACAGUUAUCGGUUGGUAGCUGGCUCCCUGACGACAUUCCACUAGACUGAUUCCAGAACAGUGAGAUAUCAGAGAGGUCUAUGGGUUUCAUCUCUGAAGUCGACGGACUAGACUGGACCAUAGAUCAGCUCCCUGCCGGUACCUACCAGAAACGCUAGCCGUGCAAAAACGGAGGAAGGCUUUUUUUUUUUUUUACGAAAAGAGCAACGCUGUGUACAGAGAACAAAAAAUAUAUUUUCUCUUUUUACUUUUGUAUAUUAAUUAAUUGAAGACUUGUUCUGUCCCGUAAGUAACUUCAGUUGCUAUUUUGAAGUGGAGACUGAAGAUGUAUCCACACAGCUAUACAUACGUUGCCCCUCUAUAAUCUUAACUUUAAUAUCUCAUUACUUUUCUUUGGUUUUUAUCCUGUUAGAUCUGAUGGGGAUUCUCCUCACACAUCCAUGGCAUUACCUCUUGACAUUUUCAACUUAUCAAUCUCUCUCUACUCUUCAUUUUGAAAUCACAGUUGAAUUUCUUCUCCAAGACAAUAUCUUUUCCCUGGUUGACUUGUUUGUUACUGUGUCAUUUGUUUUGGUAUUAUGCGUUCUAAGUUAUAUGUAAGAUAUAUGAAUAAGUCUCUCUGGAUAAGUGGAUCUGCUAAAUGACGUAAACAUGCAUUCCCUAAGGAGUUCAGGUUGAUGCUGUGGGGAGUGCAAAGCUAGGUGGGUAAUGUUAGACAUUUCUGCUUUUCGUCUCUGUAAAGGGCCAGUGCAGUCAGAAUUCUGUUUUCUGGUGUUUUUACCAUAGUGCACAACAACUGAUGAAACUAACAUGGUAAAAGUGUGAAAAAAACGUAAAUCAGUUUUAUUUCCUGAUAGUUGCUGGUUGAAAAUAAUCUACACAGGGCCUUCUAAUCAACAGGUUUGCAUGAGCGGGAAUUUCAGCUUUACAUGGUGACAUCACCAUGUGGUAAAUUGGUUGCUAGACCAAUAGCAAAGAGACUUCCAAACCUCUCUGCCACUAACAGCUAUUUUUCAGUUUCCCCCCCUUCCCACUCAGACCAGUCUCGGACCAGUCUCGGACCAUUCUCGGCAAAAUUCUUGCUUUAGAGCGUUUCCCCCCCCCCCCCUAAAAAGCCAUUUUUGCCCAUUUUUAUGGACAUCUAUUACAGUAAGGUACUUCAUGUUACCCAGAAAUGAUUUGAUAUCGAUAUAUAAAUGGCUGCAUUGGGCCUUUCAUUUCUCCCCCCCUUCAAUAGACCAUCUGUGCAGUCAUUAUGCACAAUAUUUCAAUUUGACAACAUUUUAGCAGAAAAUGUGUUCACAAUUUUAUGGUUAUUUAAACUAUGGUAGACACAGAAUGCCUAUUUAACUUGAGAAAUACUCUACAGUAAUUUUAUGCUUUUAUUUGAAACCUCGUUAUAUUCUGUUGUUUUUACUUAUUCAACCACUUGUGUCACCUUUUGCACAAGACCAAAAAUGAACUCAACCCACACAGAGAGCAUGUGUAUCUGGGCACUACAUUGCUUUCAGUCAACUAUCCUCCACCUAUCACACGCUCUUCCUCUCUGUUUUCACCUGGUUGUUUGUGAGACACUGCAGCUGAACUCAUAGCAGAGAGGAGUACCCGUAGAGGCGGAGGGGAGGACCCCGUUAGAGGCGGAGGGGAGUACCCCGUUAGAGGCGGAGGGGAGUACCCCGUUAGAGGCGGAGGGGAGUACCCCGUUAGAGGCGGAGGGGAGUACCCCGUUAGGGACGGAGGGGAGUACCCCGUUAGGGACGGAGGGGAGUACCCCGUUAGGGACGGAGGGGAGUACCCCGUUAGGGACGGAGGGGAGUACCCCGUUAGGGACGGAGGGGAGUACCCCGUUAGGGACGGAGGGGAGUACCCCGUUAGAGGCGGAGGGGAGUACCCCGUUAGAGGCGGAGGGGAGUACCCCGUUAGAGGCGGAGGGGAGUACCCCGUUAGAGGCGGAGGACCCCGUUAGGGACGGAGGGGAGUACCCCGUUAGGGGCGGAGGGGAGUACCCCGUUAGAGGCGGAGGGGAGUACCCCGUUAGAGGCGGAGGGGAGUACCCCGUUAGAGACGGAGGGGAGUACCCCGUUAGAGGCGGAGGGGAGUAACCCGUAGAGGCAGAGACAGACAUAUCUACUGUGUUAUAAAUGCUAUGGGGAUAUUGCUAAUAUGAGAGGCAGUUUCCAUCCAACUCAACUUUGACCAAGUACAUUGACUCAGUCAGAAUGUGACCUGGUGAAAUGGUGCUUCGAGUGAUGAACAAUAUAGAGACAGAAUACAGACAGAGGAAUUUACACAGUGAACAUGUAACUAUAAUAGAAUGAGUGAAUUUCCAGUCAGGAUAUAAAGGUAUAGGACUAGGCUCAGACUAGACAGUCACUGCUGCUUAAAUAUACAGGAGACUCUAGUCAUGGGAACUCAUCAACUGCCAUGUAAGCUCUUUGAGAAGACAUUAAAGAAUGUGUCAGGAUCGAAACAAUGACAGCAAUGUUUGUCACUUCUUCCUGCUGAAUCAGUUUUCUGCCAACAUAGACAAUAUGAAAAUAAAAUACAGGGUUUGUUCAGGCUACUGUACUGAAUUUUAAAACUUUCCAAAAUCCCUGCUUUACUAAUAGUCACAGUCAUCACGGUCACCUACAGUCACACUCAUCAGUCACCUACAGUCACACUCAUCACAGUCGCCUACAGUCACACUCAUCACAGUCACCUACAGUCACACUCAUCACAGUCACCUACAGUCACACUCAUCACAAUCACCUACAGUCACACUCAUCACAGUCACCUACAGUCAAAAACAUAUGCUUUUUUUCUUUGUUCCCGGAGAGGGAGGGAGAGGGAGACUAUGUUGAAGUCAUUGACAUUACCUUGUCUGUCAACCUUUUCUGUCUGUCCGUAGCCCAUUCCACCAUUCUGCGGAGUGUCUUUGUAGCCAGUCAGGCUUUUCUGCAGUGUCAUUAUCUCAAGGUGUUUGUGCUUCAGUCCUCUUCUCUUCCACAGCUCUUCACUUCGAGCCUAAUUAGCUUUCCCCUCUUGAGAUAGAUAAUCGCUUGCGACAGCUUCCCCAAUCACUCUCCAUCUAGUAUCCUGAACCAGAGCAGAUAACACGUCAACUUUGCAGCCAGUCGAUAUGGAGACCUUCCUGUCUUGUCACCACCCCCCCUCUCUCCUACUCUUAACUGAUUGGCUCUUUGAUAGCAUCAGACGUGUUUUAAAAAUAUCCUCUCUGUAUAAACAAUGUUGUGCAGUAUUUUAUUUAUUUUUUAAUCUAUAUAUAUAUAUAAAUCAGAUCUAUUUUUACACCUGUUUGAUUUUCAUGGAUGUGUGUGUGUGUGUGUGUGUGUGUGUGUGUGUGUGUGUGUGUGUGUGUGUGUGUGUGUGUGUGUGUGUGUGUGUGUGUGUGUGUGUGUGUGUGUGGACAGAGUUUGGGAAGCACUGGUUUAGGGUAAACCAACAAAGUGAGACUAAGAUUUGGGGUCAGAGGUUAGGAGUUGACCCAAUCACAAAUGUCUUUAUUUAUUUGGAUGAUUGAUUUGUUUUGGUUUCAGAUCUGUUAUUGAUGUCAUUGCUCUAGAUCUCUGUGAUCUCUUUUUUGUCGGUUUUUAAGACAAAGUGAGAGCAGACGUCAUAGAAUGUGUUCCCAUUUAAAAUGCUACGUGUAGCCUAACAUGGGCAUGGAAUGGCCUUAUUGUAAAGUCCUCUCCCACUCUCCCCCCCAUUGGUAAUAUUAUGAUGUCUGUAUCACCCCCCCCCACCCCCCACCCCCCCCAAUCCCAUGUGUUUCAACAGUGUCAGUUCCUCCAGUGUUAGUUUGUGUUUUUGCGUCAUCCAAAAACAUGAGAUUAAUUUAUAUAUUUUUAGAUAGAAAAAGCUGUACAAUAAAGUGGACUUUAACCUAAAAAGGGUCCAAUUUACUAAAUGAAUUUCAAGAGGGGAUAAGUUGACAGCUGCACUCACUGCCUUAACCCCCAGAUUCUGCUUUCAUAUUUCCAAACAGAGAAUUAAACGGCUUUUCAAGGAAGAUUAAACGUUGUACAGUAGACCGAUGUCAGUUUGUAGAAAGUACUAGGUGAAAACAGAAUAUUUAUUACUUGCGUUGGAAGAAAUGGUUUACUUAUUGAAUGUUGUCUGUCUAAUGUAUAGGAGUUUAGAUGUAAUAAAAAGCAUUUUGUUAUCUA